AUGGUGUUGAACAGUUUCCAUCUCAUCGCCGAGCACGCCCCAAGUCCUGGCGAAGCGAUACGCGCCACCAGAGAUCGGAUCGUAGCCGCCAAAGGAAAUUCGCUUGUUGGCGCCGAGGCGACCGAAAAGAUCGCGGGCGCCUCUUUGUACGCCCGAUACGCCCUGGCCGGCUCAUUCUGCUGCGCAUUCACUCAUGCCGUUCUGACUCCUGUCGACGUUGUGAAAACGCGAAUCCAGCUGGAGCCGACGAGAUACAGCAGCAGUCUGUUUAAAUCUGCGCGGCAAAUUGCGUCGCAUGAAGGGCUGGGCGCCUUUUCAACCGGACUAGGUCCGACUGUUGUCGGCUACGGUCUCCAAGGAGCCUGCAAGUUCGGCGGAUACGAGUUUUUCAAGGCCCGGGCCGUCGACCACCUUGGAUAUGAGAAUGCGGCUCAUAACCGAAGCGCCGUAUACCUCGCGUCGGCUGCAACAGCCGAGUUCUUCGGCGAUAUUGCUCUUUGCCCCUUCGAGUCUGUCCGCAUCCGGCUCGUGUCCCAGCCUACCUAUGCGGACGGAUUUGCGAAUGCACUGAUCAAGCUGGGCAGAGAGGAGGGCCUAGCAGGUCUAUACUCUGGCCUUGGACCUAUCCUUCUUAAACAGAUCCCUUACACCAUGGCAACUUUCUUGGUUUACGAGAAAGCUAUACAGACGGCAUAUACCUACGUAGACAAGGCAAAGGUUUCCACAGCCGGCGCCACCGGGAUGAACCUCACCGCGGGGCUUGUAGCUGGUGUUGCCGCCGCAGUCGUCUCCCAGCCGGCGGACACGAUCCUCAGCAAGGUCAACAAGGAUAAGGGACUGGCGGGCGAGAGCGUCACUCGUCGCCUGGUCCGUAUUGCGACUGGGCUUGGGUGGCGCGGUGCUUUCACUGGCAUGCAGGCCCGCUUGGUCAUGGUUGGUGGCAUGACUGCCGUGCAGUUUGGCAUAUAUGGCGAUACGAAAAAGCUUUUCGGGGCCGUUGACGGGGUAGAGUUGAGAUGA